AUGCCUUUCUUAGAAUUGAUUAAUGGAGUGCCAUACGAAUUUUAUCAAAUAAACGGUUCAAAAUAUUACAAAAACUACAAUGAGUGCCCUCCUCAGCUCAAAAAUAAGCUUGAACAAUGCGCUGGCGAGAUUUUUAUAAGUGCGAUUCCUGAACACACUACUGCAGAUCAAAUGGCUGCAGUUGCUUGUCUUUUGGGUGAAAUGUAUAUUUUAAGAUUUAAAGUUAAUUUUGCUGGAUUAUCUCGAGGAUUUGCAUAUUUACAGUACAUGGAUCCGAAUCUCAUGAAUUAUGCAAUUGAUACGCUUCCUCAUUUAUUCGCAGCAAAUAGAUUGGGAGAUAUUCGAGUUCACCGUUCAAGGAACACUUCAAAUUUGGUUCUCAGAAAUGUCACAGACAUGAAUCCAGAUGAAGUACGUAUAACUCUAGCAGAGAUGUGCAAAUAUCGUGAAUGUAAUUUAAGAUUUUUGAGGGACAAAGACAAUACAAUAGAAUACCAAUUGGUCUUUGGGUCAAAUGAAGAUGCUGUGAAAGCUCGGAGAUUAUUGCUUGGAGAAGUUGAUAUUUUUGGAACUUCGGCUACAAUUGGUUGGGAUAAUUAUCAUGGAACUUAUGGAUCUUUUUAA